AUGACAGUUGUUCUUGUAUAUUUGCUGCAGUUACUCGCCACUGUCUUUCCCGUGACGUACGCAUCGUCCGACCAGCACUGCGGAUAUACGGAGCUUCACUUGAAGGAUCUGCGCAACCGCACAAAAACCCUAUUCUAUCAUGGAUUCAACAGCUACAUGGCUCAUGGGUUUCCUUAUGACGAGGUGGACCCGCUCACUUGCGAGCCCGCGUCUCGUGACUACGAGGAUAUCAACAACACAUGGAAGAACGACGCCAUGGGCAACUUUUCUCUCACUCUUUUCGACACUUUGGACGCAUUUGUGGUGCUUGGAGACAGACAGGGCUUUGAACGGAAUAUCCAACUGAUCAGAGACACGUACGAAAAUUUCGACAUUGACGCAAACAUUCAGGUUUUCGAGACCACCAUCAGAGUCUUAGGAGGGCUGUUGAGUGCGCAUUUAUAUGCUUCAGACGAGCGGCGAGGGUAUAGUAUCGAAAACUACGACGGAUUUCUUCUCCGUCUGGCAUACGAUCUGGGGAAGAGACUCGUGCUAGCUUUUGAAAACAAGUCGGGAGUGCCGUUCCCACGCACAAAUUUAAGGUACGGGCCGCAAAAAGUGCCCAAGAGUCUACAAAGAGAGCAAUGCACGGCAGGAAUUACCUCGCUAGUUUUAGAGUUUGGACUGCUUUCUCGACUGACCAACGACCCAAUUUUCGAGCAGAUUUCUAGGAAAACGUUCCUCAACAUGUGGUCUUCAAAAACUGUGCUCGGACUGUUGCCUAUGUCUGUGGAUGCGCAGUCCAAUGUUUUCACGGACCAAAUCACAGGUGUUGGUGCGUCCAUCGACUCCUUCUACGAGUACGCUCUGAAAUACUCCAUAUUAUUCGACGACGAAAUAUUCAAUGACAUCUGGCAAGAAUCGUACAAGGCGCUGCUUAUGCACUCACAAAAUGCAGUUGGCAUUUUUACGAAUGUCCAUGCCUCCAAUGCAGCGGCUGCCAGGGAAUGGAUCGAUGCUCUGGGAGCAUUUUUCCCCGGCUUGCUGGUUUUAGCUGGAGACUUGAAGAACGCUUUUGACUUCUACACCGUGUACUUCAAGCUUUGGAACACUUACGGAGCGAUUCCUGAACGAUGGGACUUUUCUGGGUUCCGUUGGAGCUACGCCAACAGGAACUCCAAGCCGUAUCAUCUUUUGGAUAGCUUGCCAGGAAUGUCUCGCGAAGAAACGAAGGUCGUGCUGAUGAACGAUGCCAUCCUUCUUGAGUGGUACCCUUUACGCCCUGAAUUCAUUGAGUCGACAUACUUUCUCUAUAGAGCGACCCAGGACCCGUUCUUCUUGCGCGUUGGUGAAGCCAUUUUGCAUCGUUUCGAGACAGAGUUUCAUGCUCCCUGCGGAUUCGCGGGCAUUGACGACAUCAGAGUGGGCACCAGACAGGCACGGAUGGAGAGUUUUGUUCUGAGCGAAACGCUGAAAUACCUGUAUUUGCUGUUCGACCCAGAAAAUGAUCUCCAUACAAAAAAUGGUGCAGCUAUAUUUUCAACGGAAGCACACCCAUUUUGGUUUGACGACAAGCUAAAAGUGUACAAUAUGCGCCAGGAUAUUGUACUUCCAGAAACAAUGGGGAAAGGGGUAAUGGAGGCUGUUUGGGAUAAACUCUUUGCCCAAGCCUCGCCUCAGGAAGUUGAUAUCCAGUUUGCAAAACUAAGGCUUGAGAAAAAUCCGCUCCCCGACUACAAACCUAUCACAUUGACAGAGAAAAUGAAAGAGGCACUGGACAGAUACCACAUCAAAUAUCCUUCAAACCUGGAGCAGGGGAAACGUAUAUUUGUUAACCCCAAAGUGUAUCAGCUGCUCAAGCCAUAUAUGACAGAAAAAGAUUCAAAUAGAAUUAUUGAGGAAAUGAACCUUACGCUGGAUGCAGACUACUUGGGCCUGUCCAGAUGCCAGGUAUUUUCUAAGGAUCAUGCAUUCGUGCAUUCCAAGAUCCUCCAGUAUCCAAUGUUCUACCGCAUUGAUGAUAGGUACCAGGUUGCGCUGCACAGCCCUCCUUAUUACAGAAAUGCUACCAAUAUUGAGAUCGAUGGCCCUUUUUACGACAUUUUUGGAAAGAACGGAAUGAUGUCGUCUCCGACGCAGUCAACAGAAGAUUUCGACGCCCUGAUUGGAUCGUUAGAGGGAGUUUUAGACACGCAUAUUUACCGAGUGGUGGCAGGACCAAACUACCGACCAGAAGAAAAUGUGACUGUGCCGGUUUUGCCGCAAGACUUGUAUGUUCCGGUGCUAGACAAUCUCCGUAUGUCAUUUGAACGGUUGAGUCCCGGGAAAAUCGACCGAUAUGGUCAGAUUGUCGAAGUGGAUCCGUACAACUGCUCGUUGAGGCUGCUCAAGAUUAAUGGGUGCAAUUUGGAGGUGGACGACAUAGUCUGGGUUGAUUAUGGCUGGCUCAGAACAUCAAAUCCAUAUGGAAAUAUCGGGUACACACAGCACGGGCUUCUCACCAUCAAUGGCGAAUUGGUAGCCAACGUUCGGAUAAUUCCAGAUUAG